AUGCCUAAUUUAUAUCAAUUAAAACAAAUAUCAAAAAGAUUAAAAUUAGAACAAAAAAAUACAAAGUUAAAAGAAAAGAAAAAGAGAGAAAAGAAAAAGAGAGAAAAGAAGAAGAGAAAGGAAGAAGAAGAAGAAGAAGAAAAGAAAAAGAGAGAAGAGAAAAAAGAGGAAAAAAGAAAAGAAAGGAAAAGAAUACUAAAUCGUUUCAAUCUUCAAGCUCAACUUACAUCACUUCAAAUGGAUUAUGAUAAUUUACAAGCUAAAUAUGAUGAAGAAAGUGAAGAGGCUAGUAAUUUACGUAGUCAAGUAUCUAAAUUUAAUGCUGAUAUUGCUGCAUUAAAAUCUAAAUUUGAACGUAAACGUGAUCAUAUCGCUCAUUGCGGUAAAGAAACUUAA